CUGCGUGCCUUGUCAUCACGCAGGGCAGGUUGUGGUUCGCAGCCUCCGUCCGUCCGUCCGUCCGUCCGUCCGUCUGUCUGAGGAACGGAGCAGAACUCUGGACGGAUUCAUCCGGACGCACAGAGGCACGAGAAGCUGCUGCUGCUGCCGCGUUCAUGUGACGUGUGGUGGGAGGCGGUGAGGUAAACGUCCGGUACACACACACACACACACACACACACACACACACACACACACACGGGCUGAACGGGAUGCCCGCGUGACUGCAGGGAGGAGAGAAGCGGCGGAGGAGGAGGAGGAGGAGGAGAAGGUGCGGGAGAACCACCACAAAACCCGGAGCGAGUCAAAGAUAGAAGCCCGGAGAGGAAAGCUUCGCCCCGCCUGGCUGCUAUUUUUGGUGCAGUUUGUAAAUCGAUGACAGAUAUUUGUUGUCUCUUCGUGUCGAGCUUCUUCCUCCUCCUACUGUGAUCUUCUUUUCCUCUCGGACCUGGCGGAAGGUCGGACGCUCCUCCGGACUUUACGCACGGACCGACCGACCGACCGACAGACAGACCGACCGCCACAUGUCGGUUCUGCUUCUUUUCUCUGGGAUGCUUCAGAAUCUGCGGCCUGCUCUGCUCUCCGGUUACCGCAAUGCCACGGGGCGAGAGGAGGGAGGACGGAGAGCGAGUUAGAGCGGCGAUGAUGUGAAGAUCCGGCGGAGAGAACAGAGAAUGAGCGAGCAGGAGGACGGACUGUUCUCCGGCUGACGGCUUCCUCAGGUGAGUACGGAGCCGGGGCUCUGUAGCGGCUCCUUUCUCAACUUUCUGCUGACAAAGUUCUUGGACUGAGCCGGACUGUUAGUGCGCAGCAUGUCGGGACGCUGCGCAGAAGCCGCUGCACCUGCCAGCGGCCGCUUUGGUGCAUAAUAGUGCAGCUCAGCCUCCAUAGUGUCCUGAUCCCAGCUCUAACCCGCUCCUCCACACCGACCGGCCAUGCCUUCGCCCUCCGACUCCAGCAGCGUGGCCUCGGCCUCGGGGUCUCGAGGCUGGUCGGACAGCCGGAGGGGGAUGUCCGGUCGGGGUCCCGGCGGGGCCCGGCUGCUCCUCUACCUGGGCCUGUGCCACCUGGGCCUGGGAGCCAUGGUCCUGGCCUUCUCCUUCACCAGCAUGGCCUUCACCUCCUCAGCCCGGGUUAGGCAGUCCUGUCCGUUCUGGGCCGGAUUCUUUGUGGUGGCAUCAGGGAUAGUUGGAAUAAUCUCAUGGAGGAGACCUCUGACGCUGGUGGUGUCUCUGUUCAUGCUGCUGUCUGCUGUGUGUGUGAUCCUGAGUCUGGCCGGUUCGAUGCUCUCCUGUCAGAACGCACAGAUGGUCAAGUCGAUGCUCACCUGCCAGGUGGAGAACGGAUUGUGCGUUUGCUGCGCACCGACUCAUCCCUGCUCCAUCACCGAGGAGGAAACUCUGGUCCUCUACCUGAACGCAGACUGCCACUCAGUCCGCCAUCAGCUCAAGGACCUUCUGUUCAGUGCUUGUGGUCUCAGCAUUCUGUCCACCAUCAUCUGCACGCUGUCCACCGUGACCUGCAGCAUCCACAUAUUCUCCCUGGACCUGGUGCACCUGCUGGCGCCUCAUCGCUCUCGCUCUGUCAACCCAGAAUGCACCACUCCUCAGGACGCCUUCCUCACCAACAUCAUGGACUUUGAGGAGUUUGUUCCGCCCAUCCCUCCGCCGCCGUACUACCCUCCAGAAUACACCUGCAGCUCCGAGACCGACGCUCAGAGCAUCACGUAUAACGGCUCCAUGGAGAGUCCUGUUCCUCUUUAUCCGACCGACUGCCCUCCUCCUUACGAAGCUGUGAUGGGAAAACGAGCUGCCAGCCAGACGACUGUGUUCGACCCUCACGGCACCGAACUGUCUGGAGAACGAGGAACGUCGACUGCCUUCAGCGGAGAAGUGUCCAUGGACAGCGGCUCUCUGCUGAUGUCUGAGAUCGUGGACAUCCCCGACGACUCGUCCCCCUCCGAGGACUCCUGUCUGAUGGAGGUGGGCCUGAGGCACCACGGGGGAGGCAGCAGGAGUGCCGGCGAGGCGGGAGACGGGGGAGACGGAGGGGAGUACUUCAGCUUCAGAGGGCCGCUGUGUCAAACACCGGAGAGUCCGCUGGCUGGAGGACCAAAGGCCAGAAGGUUCAUCAGGGGGGAGAGGUCCAACUCCUGUUCCUCCCCCAGCACCGCCACCACCACCUACAGGUCUCCGGUGCUUCGUCGUCAGGCCAUGUUGGCCAGCAGCUGCUCCCAGCUGGAGGCCAUCGGAGCCUCCACGUCUCCUCAGCAGAGUUUCAUCCCAGAGAUCCGGGUCCGACCCUCCACCCCGUCCGGCCAGGGAGCCUCCUCGGUUCUCCCGGGUUCGGCCUCCUCUGUUGCCGGCGAUCAGCUUCCUCGUCAGCCGCUGUACCUUCGACGGACGGCCGGACGGAGCGAGAAGGAUGGAGAGAACGUGAAGGUGGACGGCGACGGGUUCUUACGCCUGGUGAGGUCUCACAGCGAGCCGGGCCUCGGAUCCUCCACCGACACAGUCGACUUUGGCUCCGGAGGCAGCAAAGCAUCUAUAGACACAGGUCCGUCCUCUGAGGCCUGUCUGUUGCCCAGAACUUCUUUGCCUCCUGCCGCAGCUUUGCCCAGAAAAGGCAGCAUGAAGUCUGCAGCUGCAGGAGUCCAGGUUCCCUCCAAACCUGCUCCAUCCUCACCACUACGUUUACCUAAAGACUGCCACCGAUCCCUCGGAGACCUCAAGGUUACUCGAGUUCUGGUGGCUCGCUUCCUGCAGCGCUCCAAACGCAACCUGUCACCUUCCUCCGAGCAUGCUGGGAGUCCGGGUCAGGGGCCCAAGAGGAGGAGUGGAACCGAGGGCGCCACCACCAACCACCUACCUUUGGAGCAGGUGUUGCGGACUCCUUGGAGCACCAGCCGAGGACACGCCAACCACCACCCCCACCACCCCCACCACCGCGGGCACCACCACUCCCACAGCGACAGCCGACACAACCGGCACCACGGCAGCCGGUCGCCGGAGGGCAUCCACCUGCGCAGCUGUGGGGAUUUAAGCUCCUCAUCCUCGGCCUCGCUGCGCCGGCUGGUGACGCCUCAUCCGCCGCACGGUUCAUCCGGAGCUCUAUAUUCAGAGUCGGUGCUGUGAGGAGGAGGGGAACGGGAGGCAGGGAUGCGGGGAGUGAAAGGAAAACAUCCAGUCUGGUGAAAUUGUUUCCUCCUUUUUGCCUCCAUUUCCCGCAGCCAACAGAGCAAAUGGCCUUAUUCAGUGGUGCUCUUUGUCAUCCGAACAUCAGCCUGGAGCUCCGUCUGGUUCGACUAGAUGCUUUACCUCCUCUUCUAUCAGACCAGCCUACCAGAAGCAUCUUUUCUCCUUCUUCCGGAUGGACAGAACUCAUCCCUUCAUCGCUACGACGACUGACCACUCACGUACAUUCAGUCAGUUAUGGGUUGCUUCCGGCCUCCUUUGUACAUUUGCAUCCUUGGGAUCGCUCCAAGUGAGGCGAUCACGGAUCAUUUUGUCUUCCAUUGAUUGAAAAAAAAAGAAAAAAUGCAUCUCAAUAAUCAAGGGAACGGUGUAAGAUAAACCGGCGAGGACGAACACUGAAGAAGAGUUGCUAAUUUCGUUUUUUCUUUCUUUUGUCCACCUACACGACAGCUUUCUAACAUUAUUGCACGCCACAGUCUUUGAAACGAACUCUCUCCGUGGGUGGCCCGUUCCUCCCCGGGACACGGCGGUUUCAUUUGUGCAUGUUUUUGCCGCGAUAAAGCAGGAAACUUUGUGCAUUAGCUCCCGACCGUCUGUGUAUCUAAGUCCUCCGAAUGUCUCUAUCUGCAUGUUUUGACGAUGCUUCUUUUUCCUCUUGCACCCCUGAGCCCCAUGAUAGUAGCCACUUUCAAGUGUUUUAGCUGAAGGAAAAGGGAUUGUAAAAAAAGACGUGCAGCGCUCCCAAUAGUUUUUCCCUGCCAGAUGGCUCCAAAGAUGCGGCCUCUGCAUCCCUAAUUUGAUUUCAAUAGGGUUUCAAGAGCACAUCCGUGAUGCCGGUCCUGGAAGUUAAAGAGGUCUAAAGUGCACGGUUACAUGCAGUAAAUGUACAGAUGAUUUUAUUAUGCGGUCAGGCUGCUUUGUGUGUCGAACACAAGGCGGGUCCGGCGGCUCUGGAGUUUCAAAGUGUAUUAAUAUAUUUGUAUGAGAUUGAAGAUCACUGAAGGCACAUUUUGGAUACACUCACGCGUAUGUCAGUAAUUUUAAACACAACAGGCGAACACUUCCCCCUCCCCGAUGAAGGCACUGAGCUGUGUUUCUACCUCCUGUCUUGCAUAAAAAACGUUAUUUAUUUGAAGAAAUGUAUAUCUGUAUGGCGGGCCGAGCAGGAUAGAGCCUUGAAACCUGAUUAAUUAAAUGUAUUCUAAAUAUGGCACCUAUUCCAGAUUUUAAAAUGCAGUGUCAAUAGCAAAAACUUUCAAUGCAAGUUAUGUAUUUCAACAAAUGAAAUAAAUGACAAAUGUAAAAAUGACAA